CCAAGAUAAGUUUUCCAAUAGGUUCAUACUCUCGCACUUCGGGGCACCCACACCCACAUUGGAUAAGGCUUUUGUUGGGUCUUUUUUUUUUUUUUUUUUUUUACGUUGUUGCCUAUUGCGCCGGUAGGCAUCUUCCCGGUGGGGCCUGAUGGUCGGCCCAAGGCUUCUUCCAGGUGGGGCCUGAUGGUCGGCCCAGCCCGUUCUGGCGCAGGCGAGUGUUUAUAGUGGCGCCAUCUUGCAUUGGCUCAUGCUGCCCCCCGGAACUCGUUCUUGAUUCGCUUGGACGGCUUCCUCUAGAGUCCGGGUUGAUGGGUGGUCUUCAGGACAGCAUGUGGGUAGUUUUAAUCCACUCGGCGGUGACUGAAUUUAAGUAAGGGCUGUAGUAGAUAUUUCCAUGGGUAGUUUUAUGAGUCUUGUGAUAGUUUGACAAGGCUUCCACACACCCACAUUGAAUAAGGCUUUCGUGGGGGCUGUAGUGGGUAUUUCCAUGGGUAGUUUUAUGAGUCUUGUGAUAGUUUGACAAGGCCUCUGUACCUUGAAUGUGAAAAGCACUGAUGAGAAGCCGAUUUAUCUGCAGUGUGGCCUUGGAAAAAUUCGUUCUGAGAGUCAAGAGCGUCUGAGAAUACGGACUUGGGUUAUAUAAGUCUAAUUUAUUUAUUGGUGCCUUGUCCCCUUUGAUAUCUGCGUUCUGAUAUUCACGCUGCCACCAACGAUCCGCGUCCCUCUCUGUUCGUUAAUUUUUAAGAUGCCGGUCUAUUGAUUGUAUCCUUCUGUAGUUCUUAAGCCUAACCUAACUAUGGUAUUGUUAUUCUUAUAGCGUUCUCGUUUUCAUGUUCCCUUCUUGCUGCAUCACUUCCUCUUUACGUUAGUUUUAUUACCUCUUCUCUGUGCUGAUCCUUUGGAAUAGUUUGGGUAUCUUGAAGCCCUCCGUCUUUUACCUUCAUCCAGUCUUUGAUUUCCAUGACUUUUCUUGACUUUCACGUUAUCGUCAGCAUGUACUUCCUCUUUUCGGCUGGUUAUUCAUCCUAUCCCAUAAGUAUCUUGAGGAUCUUUAGUAAUCGGUUGUAGCGUUUGUUCGGGUGACGUGUUACUAGCCUGCCACGCCCCGCAAUAGAUUAUGUCUUGUAAGCAUAUUGACUCACUGACCACAUACUUUACACCUCCUCCAAUAUCUACGGACCUCCAUCUGCUAGGGCGCGGCAGCACACUGACACCGCUGGCCCUUGGCAGGAGUGAGGCGAGAACCACAGUUUCUCAUGAUCUCUAAAGGACAAUUCUAGCUCAGUUUAUUGAGAGCAGAGCGACUAAGCCAGCAGUCCCGAGGCAUCCCCGCCACCACCAGGAUGUUGCCGCCGGACACCUCUUCGAACCCCCUGCCGUGGCGCGUGAUGGUGACCGUGAUGCAGGUACAAGGCAGUUUCCCCUACAAAAUAUACGCAACAAGUGACCACCCCACCUUCAGCCUUGGCAUCUUCCUGUGGUCCAUCUUCCUGCAGGUGUUUAUGUUUGCAAUGUCCUUCCACGGCGCCCUCGCUUUCUUCUCUGAAGUUGAGUUAGAUCUUGGCACCACCGCCUUUAUCUCCUCAGCUGUCUUCAUGAUGGUGGUCUUGAGUUUGACCCCCAUUGUUCUGGGCGUGAACAGCUCCAGGCUGGCCAGGCUCCUCCAUGAUAUGUCGGUGAAGAAAGGCGUCUCCCCGCCGCCGUCCUCACGCUGCUGGUACUGCAGUCCACAGACUCUGACGUUACUCAUCAUACUUUCGUUAUACACGAUCGUCAACGCAUACAUGUCUAUGAAUGCGGUGGGCACAUCUGGCUACAUCGGGGUACUGCUUUUCUUGCCAAUAUCUCUGACUUCUGGCGUUAGUUACUUGCUCCCGGGUACUUUCUCCUCCAUGUUGUUCGGCCUCAUGACGCGCCGCCUGGUGGCCGCCACGGAGGACACGGUGUCGAAGGUCUCCAUGCUCCUCGCCCCCGACGGAUCCUACAAGCGUGAGAGCGACGUGGAGGCGGCGAUGCUGGCGCUGCGUGACCUCGACGCUGUCAUCCAGGAGGUGGAAGACCAGAGGCGGGAGGGGACGCGCAGCUUAUUCCCAGUGAUUUCCAUGUUCCUCCUGAUGGCCGUGCUGAUGGCCAUCGUCUGUCCCUACACCCUCAAGGGACACACACCCUUUUACGGCAGCAUUUUCACCAUUCUUCUCAUCGCUUACUACAUCUUGGGGAGCUUCUGCCACCUGGGGCAUACCUUCGUGGGCCAGGUCAGCGUGGCCGAGAGGAUGCUGAAGAGCCUAAGAAUGAGGAGCAAAAGCCUUAGUUUCAGCGUGAAGGUGAGCCAGGUGGUGGUGAGCCUGUCGCCGCUGCUUACUUUCGACAUGUGUGGAUGGUACAGGCUGGACUACGCCUCCUUCCUCGGGCUCAUCAACACUGUGGUGACCUACUUGGUGAUAAUAUUCCAAGUGGGAGGAAUCACUGGCGAUCCGGCCCCUUUCUCCUCUCUUUGGAACACGACAUCCCAGGCAUAGAAAACGGAUACCAAAGCACCUGUGUCAGUCAUGGGUCACAGGUGCAAUCUAAGGGACACAAUCUAAAUCGACUUUAAUACGUAUUCAUAUUCUCGCAGUGCAGUAAAUAGUUUUCAAGUGUAAAUCUCCUUGCAUUGACUAUUCAUCAAAUCACGUACUUAUUUAUUUUUGAUCAAAGCGCGUCCUUAGCAGCCGAGUUCAAGCAACACACGUCUCGCUGCGCUACAGACGAGAGCGUGGAGCAAGGCAGAUCAGAGCAACAACCUCCGCUGUCGCAGCCAUGCACCGGACGGUAACAUAGGCACGUUCAGCAACACAAACAUAUUGGGCAAUGACGCAGCGUCCAAAGUGUCGUCGCCUAUACAUGUGAUAGAUUGAUGUAAAAUGCAAAGUUGGAAUAAAAAGCCAAGAUGGAUCCAACGACAUAAUGACCAGACACGAUGAUGAUAAAAUUCUUGCCACGGAUCAAUCUCUGGGUCGCGCACAUUCAGCCGCUUCUAAGAGCCACGAUUAGCAAUAAGUUUACCAGGGAUGGGUGUGUGUACCUCACAGUCUUUUAUGAUGCAAGUGUCAACAAAGUUCAGUUCCUAUCGUGCCACGCCUUCCUCCAUUACAAGAGUGAAUUUCGUUGUUAUUAUGUCUCUGAGGGACAUGUCUGACCGAUGUUCUGGUCGUGGUGAGGGAAAACACAUCGUCAGGCUGUUUGGUGAGUGACAACACAGUCGCACAACGCUUCUACUUCACUCCAAGACUCCCGUAGUCCUUCCACAGCGUUCAAGAGUGGAUGUGAACGCCGGUGUGAGGGUAUCAAGACUUAUCGCGCUGAUUCUUUGGCGGUUCCUUUCACCAUGCGAGUGUGGGCGACGCUAACCUGUUUCACGCAUCGUAGAACCACGGGCACUAGCGGAGCCACACUUCCUUUUCAAGCAGAAACGCUGAAUCUUUAUACAUGUCACCCACACCAAACGCCAGUACUCCCUCACAAGUCACAUUAGUCACAGCGAACACUUCAGAAUAACCUUUUCAAUCACCAAUAGUUUCACGAGUUGAAUCUAGGUUGUAACAAGGAGCUGCUCUGCAUGGUAGGAAAACUUGCAGCAGGAAAGCAUCGCUCCGCUGCAGUAAAUAACACCUUCCGGGUCACCGAAGGCAGCCGGAGACAAAACUCGUGGUUUGUCUUUUCGUGGCACUUCUGGUCAACAUCCAAGCACGUAACACUGAUGCAAGGAGUUUUUGUGAAAACUUGUUUGCAGGUUAAGGCUCUGUAGCAUUAAUGGCGGGGCUACCUUCCACAGUCAUUAAUUUAUUUUAAAAUGAUGCAAAGUAAAAUUAGCUUGUAAGUUGUUACGGUGAUAAUUAGUGUUAGGGAAACUUUUGACGAUAAUAUUACCAAGAUUUUUCGGGUUUAAUAAAGAUCAUUUGUAUAAUAAAAAGUUCCAGCGCAGUAGCGUCUCCUUACCCUAUAG